CUAAACAAACCAGAUAAUUACACGUGUGAAGAGAGAGAGAGAGAGAGAGAGAGAAAGAGAGCACGUGCGACGAACGUGAAACCGAGUCAAGAGGAGCACUCGCCCCAGCCUUCCUCGGCGACUCGGCGAGUCGCGAACGUUCUGGAAACUCGAGUGAGUCGAGACUCGGCGAUCACGAUAAGCUUUGCGGGUACACCAGAACACUCCUCCAACCGGCCCAGAACCGCCCGCCGGCAAGCUCCGUCGCCGCAAGCCUUCACGGCGAACCAGAGCGCCGCCGCGAGCCCCACCCUGAAGGGCAAGCUCGUCAUUCGGCCAGCGCACGAGGUGAGCACGCGCGCCGCCACCACCGCACACCCUCGCCCCACCCCCAUCCUCCUGCUCCACCACUCCAACACCCUCUCCGCCCUCGCCCCCUCCGGCGAUCCCCGUUUCCACCUCGAUCCCGGCGCCUCCGCCGUAGAUUCGGCCGACGAAAUACAAGACGAUGAGGUGGACGACGACGUUGGUGACGCCGAUGGGUGGAUCGGGCGCCGGAGAUGCCGAGCGACGAGAAAGUUCGCUCCGUGGACGCUUGCAUCGCAGGAUCGGCAAAGAAAAGCAGCGUCUGCCUCACAGUGCACCGUUGCCGCCGCCCCACAGAGCUCGCAUGCCUCUCCCACCGCCGCUGCCGUCGCGCUCUUCUUCAUCUUCCUUGAAGCUCGAAACCCUAACCCUAGCGAGAGAUUCCCAGCGGUUUUGCGAAAAAACCAGAGGCGGUUUUGGGAACGACGAGAGUUGGAAGGAAUGGUGGGUUGA